AUGCUCUUGGCAUUCGGACUAGUACACAUUUCUCACAGUAAAAAGAAAAGAAACUUGGGUUUUGGCAAGUUUCGGUUCGACUUUGAAACAGAGGAGGAGAUAGAUACGGUACUGAAGCUGGAACCGUAUCAUUUUGAUUACUGGAUGUUGGCGUUAGCACGGUGGCAACCGAAGAAGUCGCAGCUCUUCCCAUCAGAGAUAACGUUCUGGAUUAGGGUGAUAGGUGUUCCGAUGGAGUUCAGGACGGUGCCUACCUUUGAGAGCCUCGGUGAUGCACUUGGACGAACAGUAGCAGUAGAUGUAGAGCACUGCAGAGUGCAGGUGGUGGUGGACGCGUUUCAGGAGCUUUGCUUUGAAACAACUUUGGACUUCAAGGGUGGAGAAUUUUACGAGGGGGAGGAAGCAGCAAUAUCAUUGAGGUAUGAGAAGCUCUUUGGAUACUGCCCACUUUGUUCUAGCUUGUGCCAUAAGGAGGAGAAAUGCCCUCUUGCUAAGAAGGCGUCGCCUGAGAAGAAAAGAGAGGGUCGAGAAGGAAAUGGAGGAUGGUAUGAUGGUGGGAAACACGAUGAUCGAGCUCGGAGCUAUAAGGGAGUGGUCAUAAAUGGAAAUCAGAAUCAACAACACAAGGAAAGAGACGGUAGGGACUACUAUGGGAAGGGUAAAGGCAAGAUGGUGGAAGAGGCUGACUCAAAAUGGGUGAAAGUGGCUGAUAGAGGCAAUAAGGGGAUUUUUACUAAUCACAGGAGCUUUAGGGGUGAGGGAGAUGGUUCUCGACAUAGAUCUUCCCGAAGAGAAGAACCCCGGGCUGAGGGCCAGGGGCAGGGAGGAAGUAAUAGAUCCUCCUCAGGUCAGUCAGGAGCUCCAAAAGAAGUAGUUCAGGAGGAGGGAGAAAUAAAAAAUCCUAAAGAGUCUGAGAAAACUCUUCCCUCUCAGGAUUUUCAAGAAGAGCUGGCCAAGACUCAAGCUGUAGGAUCUGAGGUAAUUUCGGACCCUAUGGAUGCAGAGGAAGGGCUUCAGAUGAUCAAAAGCCUGAUAGUGGAACCGUCAACUUUGGAGGAUGAUAAAGUACUGGACAUGGACGAGUGUAGAGCUAUCUGUCUUGAGCAUGGGAUAGAUAUGGAUGCAGCAGACGAUCUACCAGAUUGCUCAGAUGGGGAAUUUGAGGAAAUGCUAAAGGAACAAGAUGAUGAAGAAAAAGCACAUGUUAAAGGAGAUGUGGCGAAGAAGCAAGGAACUCGCAAGAGGCUUUUUAAGCCUAGCACCGCGGGGAGUACGAAGAUGAGGAUAGCUUCUGCGCUUGUGUCUCCGCGUAAACGAGCUCCGGCAAAGGUCGCAAUCUCUCCCAAAGGAAGAAUGGGAUAG